ACUGUCUUCGGCUCGCUUCUCGCCGACACAUCGGCCGUUCAGUCUUCGCCGUGUCUGUGAUGCGCGGCCAGCCGUGUCGGUUUUUUUUUCGUCUCCUUUCUCGGCCCCGCGCGCCCCGCCGGGUUUCGGCGCCUCCCUUCAUCGACGGCCCCCUUCGACACGCGGGUCGCCCUCGCCGCGGGCCCGUUGGCGCAAAACGAGUCGAUCACCACAAUUUAGUUGUCAAAAAAAAAAGUGGCUGUGUACUCGUUUACACACAUUUCGAGCAGUUUUCGAUCUCAAUUUUAGUGUGGAGUCAUUAGCAACGUCAGAAUGAGUUAUUACCUCUCCUAUCAUUUGAAUCGUGCCGCUAGACGGACGGUGCCCGAGAAGAAGUGCCGAUUCGUGUCUGCUAGAACUAACCGUCAUUGGCUCUUCAGCUCGAACACGUUUAGACUCGGGCGAGGGGCGCGCGUCGUCUGCAGCCGCGAGAAUCUGGCGUCUCGCCACUAUCACGCCAGCAGGGUGCUUCUGGCCGAGUGGGAUGGUGUGGAGAAGGAGUUCUUGGCCAUGCCCUCGCUAUCGCCGACCAUGACGCAGGGAACGAUAGUAUCGUGGAUCAAAAAUGAGGGCGACAACUUCAAGCUUGGAGAUCCGUUGGCUGAAAUUGAAACGGAUAAAUCCACUGUCUCUCUCGACGCAACGGACGAUGGGUAUUUGGCUAAAAUUUUGGUGCCCGCUCAUCAGCCCAACAUUCCCAUUGAUGCGCCCAUAGCAGUCACCGUGAAAAGGAAAGAGGACGUUUCGAAGUUUGCUAAUUACCGGUUGGAGUCUGAAUCUCCGCCCCAAAAAGGGCAAAAAACUUCGGUGGAGAAAAAAACUGACGAGCCAAAAAAAGAAGAGUCUGACGUCGCUACUUCCGAGUCCCCGUCGCUCGAGGGAGCGCGUUUGUUCGCAUCUCCGCGCGCCAGGGCUCUGGCAAGAGAGAUGCAGGUGGACUUGUGUCAGGUUAAGGGCACCGGGCCGAACAGUCGCGUGUUAGCAAGGGAUGUGUUGAAAAAACAUGAGGACAUGCAGGAAGGUGCUACAGCGCCUAGCGAGACAGGUCCGGACCUCAGAAAAGCCCAGAAGGAGCCAUCUAGGGAAGCAGAGUAUCCAACUCCUUCAGAAUCCUACGUCGAUUUGAGCCUGAACACGAUUCGACGCAUAACUGCUGAAAGGCUUACAAUGUCGAAGACGACCAUUCCGCACUAUUACUUGUCGGUUGAGAUUUGUCUCGAUGCGUUGCUGGAGACAAAGCGACAGCUUCAAAAUUUUCUCACUCGAGAAACCAAAAAACCGUCAGAACCGAAUGAUGGCUCCCCGUCGCCUGACGGGCACCUCAAGCUGAGCAUCAACGACUUUAUCAUCAAAGCAGCCGCUCUGACCAUGGCAAAGCACCCGGUCGUCAAUAGCGAAUGGAGAAACGACUACAUACGUCAAUACAAAGAUAUUCACAUCAAUGUCGCAAUUAACACCGAGUAUGGACUCCUCACGCCCGUCAUCCGACACGCGAACACCAAAGGUCUAGAGGACAUUGCUAGCACCAUGGCGCAGCUCAUCAGCAGCGCUCGAAAAAACAGGCUCACUCCCGCGCAGCUUUCUAUCGGGACAUUCACUAUCUCCAAUUUGGGCAUGUUCGGCAUCCAACAGUUCUCCGCCGUCAUCAACCCGCCUCAGGCCGCCAUCUUGGCAAUAGGGUCAGCCUACGACAGAGUGGUCGCCGCGGAAAACGGUCAGUUUGUCAGCAAAAAAUUCAUCCAAGCCACCCUCAGCGCGGACCACCGGAUCGUAGACGGUGCCAUCGGCGCAGAGUGGCUCCGUACCUUCAGAAACCUCAUAGAAAACCCCAUCAAAUUUAUGCUAUAAAUUGUACCAAAGCUCUUCAAUAAAUCUCAUAUAGUCGUUUCAGAA